AUGUCAAACGAUCAGCUUGCUUCUCUCGUAACCGCUGUCCAGCAUAAUCGCCUCGCAACGGCAUAUGAGUAUUCAAUCAACCUCCAGCAGGAGGUAGAUCUUAUAUGGUGCUCUGAAUGGUCGCUUACGAAAAUCCUGUUCAUUGCGAGCCGAUAUGGACCCUUCCUAGAUAUGCCAGUUGUCCUCUGGCAUCAUUGGGCACCACCACAAAACAUUGAGCAAUGUAGAUUCGGUUUCGCAUACCCAGGCUGGAUGUACCUUAUAGGAAUCUCUGCCACAGAACUUGUACUGCUCUGGCGUACAUGGGCACUGUGGAAUAAAAACCGAGAUAUGGGCAUUGGGCUCUUGCUUUGGGCUUUCAUAACUAUUACCCCAAACUUGGUUGUUGAAGGCGUAUUCCUCAGCAAAAUUAAAUAUGAACUGAUUACGCAGCCAUCGAACACUUGCAUUUUGACAGGUGUGGAUUCGUCCUUGCUUUCUGUAACUUGGAUUCUCCUUCUGGUUCUCGAAGCCGGAUCUCUUUAUUAUGUUUGUCUGAUAAGCCUUUCAUUAGUUAAUAUAAUUGUCGUAUUCACCGCACCACUUGGAACGCGUCCUUCAUUCCAUCCUAGCUUGCAGACUGUUGCUAAAGAUGCGUCGGAUUGGAAGGAGUGA